UGAAUGAAAAACGUCUGAAUCUCUCCCACCUCACUCCCCCCUCCCCCCCGGGCUCUCUCCGCUCAUCCCCAAACCCAAUUCCUCCUCCAGUUCCCAAAUCCCGGCGAGAACCACUGCCGAGCAGCUGCCGGCCUCGCCCCUCCCUUCCCCAGAUCGGCCGGUUCUCCCGCGAGCUCCCGUCCGCCACCACCCAGCAGAAUCCGUCACCAGGUAAGCCGUCCUCAUAGGAGAGAGCGGCGGCGAAGAGCCCGCUUCCCCUUCGUGAGGCUUCGAUGGCCACGAGAGCUUUAAGGGAGGUGGCGGGGAGGAGGAGCGCCGGAGCGGCGGGGAUUGGCGGGAGCAGACGCUUCUCCGACAGCGCCGCCGCCGCCGCCGCUGCUGCUCCGGCGGGGGCGGCGGAGAGGGGAGAUGGGGGAGGGGGGAAGGCGGUGAACCUGUUCACCGCCGUCAACCAGGCGCUCCACAUCGCGCUCGACACCGAUCCGCGCUCUUAUGUCUUUGGAGAGGAUGUGGGUUUUGGCGGCGUCUUUCGCUGCACAACAGGGCUAGCUGAUCGAUUUGGGAAACAAAGAGUAUUCAAUACACCACUGUGUGAACAGGGUAUUGCCGGAUUUGCUAUUGGCUUAGCAGCAAUGGGCAAUAGAGCUAUUGCUGAAAUCCAGUUUGCAGAUUAUAUCUUUCCAGCAUUUGAUCAGAUCGUCAACGAAGCAGCUAAAUUCAGAUACCGAAGUGGAAAUGAAUUUAACUGUGGAGGUUUAACAAUUCGAUCUCCAUAUGGUGCUGUUGGACAUGGUGGUCACUACCAUUCACAGUCACCAGAGGCUUUCUUCUGCCAUGUUCCUGGCCUGAAGGUUGUCAUACCUCGAAGUCCACGUGAGGCCAAGGGACUGUUGUUGGCCAGCAUUCGUGACCCAAACCCGGUCAUCUUUUUCGAGCCAAAGUGGCUGUACCGUUUGUCUCUUGAAGAAGUUCCUGAGGGGGACUAUAUGCUGCCUUUAUCUCAGGCAGAAGUGAUUCGCAAAGGAAGUGAUAUAACACUUAUUGGUUGGGGAGCUCAACUUGCAGUGCUGGAACAAGCAUGUGAAGAUGCUUCAAAGGUCAAUUAUUCACGCUAGUUCUUAAAUGCAAAAUUCAGUUAAUGCUGUUAGAAAUAUUCCAUUAGCAGUGUGUCAGGUACUUGGUAAGGGGAACCAGUAGAAGACUUGUAGCAUUUUUCCAUGCCGGUUCGUUGUGUAAAACCAAGAAUAUUGUUCACUUUGCUGUCCAUUUGUUCCUCAUAUAUUCGUCCUCGACUAUUUGUAUGUAUCUUCCCCAUAAUAUAUUUUUUAGAUAUUUCUUACCCCAUUA